GAUGCCCUUUUUCUCCCCCCCAGUUUGCCAGGGCACCAACAACAAGCUCACCCAGCUGGGCACGUUCGACGACCACUUCCUGAGCCUCCAGCGGAUGCUCAACAACUGCGAGGUGGUCCUUGGGAACUUGGAGAUUACCUACAUGCAGAGGGACUACGACCUGUCCUUCCUAAAGACCAUCCAGGAGGUGGCCGGCUACGUCCUCAUUGCCCUCAACGUGGUGGAGAAGAUCCCCCUGGAGAACCUGCAGAUCAUCCGGGGGAACAUGCUCUUCGAGAACACCCACGCCUUGUCCGUCCUGUCCAACUACGGCGCCAACAAGACUGAGCGGCCGGCCCGGGGGAUGCAGCAAAUCCUGCAGGGCGCCGUGCGCUUCAACAACAACCCCACCCUCUGCAACAUGGAGACCAUCCAGUGGCACGACAUCGUGGACAGCAGCUUCGUGAGCAACAUGUCGCUGGACUUUCCGAGGCACCCGCCCAGCAGCUGCCAGAAGUGCGACCCGAGCUGCCCCAGCGGAAGCUGCUGGGCUGCGGGCAAGGAGAACUGCCAACAACUGACCAAGACCAUCUGCGCCCAGCAGUGCUCCGGCCGCUGCCGGGGCAAGUCCCCGAGUGACUGCUGCCACAACCAGUGUGCCGCCGGCUGCACGGGGCCCCGCGAGAGCGACUGCCUGGUCUGCCGCCGGUUCCGGGACGGCGCCACCUGCAAGGACACCUGCCCGCCGCUCAUGCUGUACAACCCCACCACCUACCAGAUGGACGUCAACCCCGACGGCAAAUACAGCUUCGGCGCCACCUGUGUAAAGAAGUGUCCCCGGAACUACGUGGUGACCGACCACGGCUCCUGCGUGCGGGCCUGCAGCCCCGACAGCCAUGAGGUGGAGGAAGACGGCGUCCGCAAGUGCAAGAAGUGCGAAGGGCCCUGUCGCAAAGUGUGCAACGGGAUCGGGAUCGGGGAGUUUAGAGACACCCUGUCCAUCAACGCCACCAACAUCAGGCACUUCCGCAACUGCACCACCAUCAGCGGGGACCUGCACAUCCUGCCCGUGGCCUUCAAGGGGGACUCCUUCACCCACACGCCGCCCCUGGACCCGAGGGAGCUGGACAACCUGAAAACCGUGAAGGAGAUCACAGGGUUCCUGCUGAUCCAGGCCUGGCCAGAGAACAGGACGGACCUGCACGCCUUCCGGAACCUGGAGAUCAUCCGGGGCCGGACCAAGCAGCACGGCCGCUUCUCUCUCGCCGUCGUCGGGCUGACGGACAUCACGUCCCUGGGGCUGCGCUCCCUCAAGGAGAUCAGUGACGGAGACGUGAUCAUCUCGGGGAACCGCAACCUGUGCUACGCAGACACCAUCAACUGGAGAAAGCUCUUCGGGACCACGAGUCAGAAAGCCAAGAUCCAAAGCAACAAGGAUGGCAGGGACUGCAAGGCCCAAGGCCAAGUCUGCAACCGGCUGUGCUCGCCGCUGGAGGGCUGCUGGGGCCCUGCGCCCGGGGACUGCGUGGCCUGCCAGAACGUCAGCCGCGAGCGGGAGUGCAUGGAGCGGUGCAACCUGCUGGAGGGUGAGCCCAGGGAGUUUGUGGAGAACGGCGAGUGCAUCCAGUGCCACCCGGAGUGCCUGCCCCAGCCCAUGAACGUGACCUGCACGGGACGCGGCCCCGACAGCUGCGUGCAGUGCGCCCACUACAUCGAUGGCCCGCACUGCGUCAAGACCUGCCCAGCCGGGAUCAUGGGCGAGAACAACACGCUGGUCUGGAAGUUCGCGGACGCCAGUCACGUCUGCCACCUGUGCCACCCCAACUGCCCCUACGGCUGCACAGGGCCAGGUCUUGAAGGCUGCACGACCAACGAGCCCAAGAUCUCGUCCAUCGCCAUGGGGAUCGUGGGCGGCCUCUUCCUGCUGCUGAUGGUGGCGCUGGUGGUGGGCCUGUGUCUGCGUCGGCGCCACAUCGUCCGCAAGCGCACGCUGCGCCGGCUGCUGCAGGAGAGGGAGCUCGUGGAGCCCCUGACCCCCAGCGGGGAGGCGCCCAACCAGGCCCUCCUGAGGAUCCUAAAGGAGACCGAGUUCAAAAAGAUCAAGGUGCUGGGCUCCGGCGCGUUCGGCACCGUGUACAAGGGGCUCUGGAUCCCGGAGGGCGAGAAGGUUAAAAUCCCCGUGGCCAUCAAGGAAUUGCGGGAAGCCACGUCUCCGAAGGCCAACAAGGAAAUCCUCGACGUGAGUCUGUCCUCUCGCUGCCACGGGCCUGGCGGUCAGGGGCCGCCUUUCUCGGGGCGGGCAGCACGCUAGUGUGGGACACUCUCU